AUGUCUGGUCACUUCUCCAUCACUGAUCCCCAAAAUCAUCCUCGUCGUUUCUUUGAUCAAAUAUAUCUUCGCGAGUUAAUCUGUCCCAGUGGACGAGGUUCCAAUUUUGAAGCUAUUUGCAAAAUUUAUCUUUGGGGUUUGGGAGUUUUUAAUUUCGUUUGUCCACCAGGUCCGUACAUUCUUAAGCACGGCAAUUGGGUUUUGUGA